ACCCCGCCGCGCCAAGCUGGGGGCUCCUCAGGACUAGGUAAAGGGGACCUCUGUCCUGAGGGGCCCCGCAGGGCUUUAGGAGCCCCAAAUAUGUGUGUGCGCGCUCGCUGACUUUCAGUUCCGGUACAACACAAGCCCGCAGCAGACCCUGAGUCACUAACCGCCCCUGGAGACCGGAAGCCGACGCUCCCGCGUAAGUCUCGCACAGAGGAAGGCUUCCGGUGGACCACCAGGGACUACAAUUCCCGGCGUGCUCCGCAACCGCUAGCGUUAACUCUUCAGUGCUGGGAGCUGCGCUGCAUCCCGCCCCGCCCCCGCCCCACACUCGGACCCUGCAGGAGAUGGGUGCCCCCAUCGGCGGCACACUGUCCUUUGGCCACCGAACAUCAUGCCUCCUAAGAAAGAUGUUCCAGUGAAGAAACCAGCAGGGCCUUCCAUCAUCUCCAAGCCUGCUGCCAAGCCUGUAGCAGGAACCCCUCCAGCCAAGACCAAGGCUGAGCCUGCUGUCUCCCAGGCGCCAGUGAAAACUCAGGAGCCCCCUGUUGAUCUCUCCAAAGUGGUGAUCGAGUUUAACAAGGACCAACUGGAGGAGUUCAAGGAGGCCUUCGAACUGUUUGAUCGAGUAGGUGAUGGCAAGAUCCUAUAUAGCCAAUGUGGGGAUGUGAUGAGAGCCCUGGGCCAGAACCCCACCAACGCCGAGGUGCUCAAGGUCCUGGGGAACCCCAAGAGUGAUGAGCUGAAGUCUCGGCGUGUGGACUUCGAGACUUUCCUGCCUAUGCUCCAGGCAGUAGCCAAAAACCGGGACCAAGGGACGUAUGAAGACUACUUGGAGGGGCUUCGGGUGUUUGACAAGGAAGGGAAUGGCAAAGUGAUGGGUGCAGAGCUCAGACAUGUCCUCACCACCCUGGGGGAGAAGAUGACUGAGGAGGAGGUGGAGACUGUUCUGGCUGGACAUGAGGACAGCAACGGCUGCAUCAACUAUGAGGCCUUCCUGAAGCACAUCCUAAGCGUCUGAACUCUCCGGAUCCAGUAGUGGGGGUACCCUCCCCCCGCGCCCCCCCACCUUUGCUCCACCUCUCCGGCCGGCGGAAGCACCUUCCAGUCACUAGGCGGCCACCUAUUGUUUCCAAAUAAAGAUAACAGUUCCUG